AAUAAAAGAUGCUACAAUGAAGGCCAUUUAUGUGCAGAAUAACCAGCUCUUGGCUGGAAGAGCGCAAGCGGGAAAACUUAUCGAAGCAGGGCUCAGGUGCACUCCGCCUUAGACCGAAGAGAUGUGUUCCCUCCCCAUAGCCCGGUACUUUGUAAUCAAGGAUGCUGAACAGAAGCCUUUAUACUUGAAGAAUGACCAACUUCUAGUGGGAGAACCCAACUCAGAACUCUGUCGUGCAGAGAGGAUCUGUGUGCUUCCUAAUAGAUCCCUUGAUCGAACCAAGUUCCCCAUCAUUAUGGGAAUCCAGGAUGGAACUCGAUGCUUAGCAUGUGCAGAAUCAGGAGAAGAGCCUUUCCUACAACUGGAGGAUGUGAACAUCGAGGACCUGUAUAAGGGUGGAGAGGAGGCCACCCGCUUCACCUUCUUCAGAAGCUGCUCAGGCCCUACUUUCCGGCUAGAGGCAGCUGCCUGGCCAGGCUGGUUCCUUGGGGCUCCAACAGAGCCCCAAGAACCAGUCAGACUCAUCAAGGAGAGUGAUCCCUCCCCUCAAACGGAGUUCUUUUUUGAACAGAGUCGGUAAAGGCCAACGGCUUGAAAGCCCCAGCCCCAUGUCUGCCUUCUAGACCCUGCUCCGUCUCCAGGCAAAGUUCCUCUCUGGCCCUUAUUGUGUGUCCCUUUGUAUAAUGGGAAUGAAUCAGUCUUCUUUGGGGGUUAUGAGGGGUGGUGGGGGCAGGGUUGCUUAUAUCAAACAAGAAGACCUUGGACAGAUAAACCCAGCAUCUCCUCCCACCCAUUUGGUCCCAUUUUUGUCGGCAUAAGUGUCCACUGAGAUUCAGAGUUUUCCAGACAGUCCAAGCCCUUCUAGUUCAGGAGGAGCAGCCUUAGACCCUAGAGUUCACCCAAUACCACUCAGAGUCUCAUGUUCUGUCCAUUUAAAACCCUUGUGCCAAUCAAUCAAUGUACUAAGGACCAAGUACUUUUGGAGUGCCUGUUGGUUUGUAGGGGAGGAGGAUCUCUGCUAUGGACAGAUUGGAUUUAUGGUGCUGGUAAAAGCUCUAAUUGGGUUC